AAAACAGCCAAACUGAUCAUUAGAUGUGAUUAUGCUUCGGGGGUCAUCAAUGGUGUUAUGAUAUGUUUCAUAAGGUUUCCCUUUUUUGUUUGCAUGUUUGAUUGUAAUUUUUUUAGUUUCUUUUACCCUUUGUAGGUUAUAAGUUGUUAUUCUUUUAAUGAAAUUCUUGUCAAAGAAAAAAAAACACACAACAAACAAAUGGAAAAAAAAAAAAACACUGUUAUAGCUUCUUCUAAAACCAACAAGAGUUGGCUCAAGUGGUUAAGUAUUUAAGUAGUUUUAAGGGAGGUUUCGAGUUUGAGCCCACCAAACACAGAUAACUCUCAUUAGAUGUAGUCGGAGCCGGACGGGGCAGAUAUUUUUUUUUUUUUUAAAAAAAAAAAAAAAAAAAAAAAAAAAAAAAAAAACCUUCUUCUAAGGUACGCCACGGAUGGGAAAUUGGGAAUACAAAAUGACACCCGCGCUUUUUCGAACCUAAACUUUCCCCACUCUCUGCACUCAGUCUCAGAGCAUACCCUCUUUUCUCCAUUUUCGUCUUCCAUUUUCUCUCUCCUCCAUUGCCAUUCACCAUUUGUGCUUCAAUCUACAAAUUCGCGCUUAAUUUCAAACUAAUUCUAUACCUCCACAACUCUGAUGAUGUUACUUGUCAGAAAACUAGGGUUCCUGAUUGUUUCAAUAGUCUUCAUCAACUAAUUUCGCAAACAAUUCGUUAGGGUUUGCAAUUUCGAUGGGAAAAAGACGCAAUACUGUUGUUGUUUUAUCGUCAGACGACGAUGAAUUCACCCCUGCUAGAAAAUGCUCAACUUCAAAUUCCAAGUCGAAUCCUAGAAAUUCAAAAUCUGCAUCGAAUUCAAAGUCUAGAAUAACUUCUUCUGUUAAAACGACGAUGGCGAAGAAGGCGCGACUCUCUCAAUCUCUUGCUUCUUCCGUUGAAUUGCUAUCAAAUUUUGAUGAGUUCAAAUUUUUUUCUGGAGAUUUGGCCGAGGAUUUUGCUGGGUGUAAGGUAUCUACUGAUUCUAGGAGGCUCGACGGGUUGGAGUCUUGGGUUGAUAAGUAUAGACCGCGUUCUUUGGAAGAGCUAGCUGUUCAUAAAAAGAAGGUGGAAGAAGUCAGAAUGUGGUUUGAGGAAAAAUUGAUGAUUCCAAAGCGAGGAUCCCAAAAUUAUGCUCUCCUCAUCACAGGCCAAGCGGGGACUGGAAAAUCUGCAACGGUCCGUGUUGUUGCAUCUCAAUAUGGAGCUGAAGUUUGUGAAUGGAAUACACCUACUCCUACAAUUUGGCAGGAGCAUGUUCAUAACUCGAAUGCAGGGGUACGUUACAUAUCUAAGUUGGAUGAGUUUGAGAAUUUUGCGGAGCGAGCUAGGAAAUAUGGGAUGCUUUCAUCAUCCCUUAAUAGGUCAAAGCAGCCCAUGGUACUCUUGAUUGAAGAUCUUCCCGUAGCAAAUGGAAGAAUUGCUCAAGAAAGACUUCUCAGCUGCUUGCAACUUCUUGUUAAUUCAGUACAAGUACCGACAGUGAUUUUGAUUACUGAUUAUAGUGUAGCUGACUCUGCUGAUGCUGGCAUGCGCUUUUGGGAAGAACUUUCUUCAUCUCUAGAGGGUGCUGGCGCCUGCAAGAUGGCUUUCAAUCCAAUAACAGUAAAUUCAAUUAAGAAGGUGCUUUCCAGAAUAUGUAAACAAGAAAAUUGCAACAUAAGCCGUGAGCAGUUAGAUUUGAUAGCCAAUGCAAGUGGAGGUGAUAUCAGACAUGCUAUCACGACUUUGCAGUAUGCUGGUCUGAGACAAGAGAAUAAGAAUCUUGUGACAACUGAGAAAUACACCUCUGAUUCAGAAGUUAAAGCUCAUGAUCAUGGUGAAAAGGAUGUUGAAUCAUCUCUGGCAUUUGGCAGGGAUCAAACACUAUCUUUAUUUCACGGCCUUGGGAAGUUUUUACACAACAAAAGAGACACUGAAUGUACCAUGUCACAUUGUGAAGAUGGAUUUCAUCUGAAAGAAGAAUUUACAAGAUUACCUUUGAAGAUGGAUGCUCCGGAAAAAGUUCUUUGUCAAGCAUAUGGGCAAGCAAGGCCAGUAGCUGAAUUUCUGCAUGAAAAUGUUUUAGAUUUUCUCAGUCAGGAAGCAAUUGAAGAUGCAUGGACUGUGGCAUCAUAUUUGAGUGAUGCUGACUGCCUUCUUUCCUCAGUUCAUCGAACUUUGGCUAGAAAUUAUGAAGCAGAAAAUGUUAUUCAAUCAGCUGCUGCCUCAGUAGCUGUGCGUGGGGUGCUCUUUGGAAAUGCUCAUCCUUCCCCUUCCAGGUGGCACUCUAUACGUCGCCCUAAUCUUUGGCAGGCAGAGAAAUCAACAAGGCGCAAUAUGCAUGAGAUGGAGAGGCAAAGGCUUGACCAUUGUUAUAGUAUAGGCUUGUCCAAUGUUUCUGUUAUCUGCACUGAUUAUAGGCCGGCACUUAAAUGGCUUGGUUAUAGAGCAUCUUCGCCUUUAAACUGUGCUAAUGCUAACAAAAGCUUAGUACAAGAUUAUUCACUUGAAGUUGAUGAACUUGAUCAGAUGAAUCCCCAAAAUCAAGCUAGUGACUUAACUGAUGAUGACAUUGAAGAAUGGUAAUUAUUAUUUCAUGGUUGUACCUGAGGUAGUCAGAAUCUGCCAUUAUUGGCUGUUUCUUUUUUCAGCUCAUACACAAUCAAUUUUGAAGCGAUCAUAUCUGGAGGAAGAAUCUCAUCGCAAAGCUUCAAGGGAAGCAUUGCUCUCUAUGAGGGAAAACCCGAAAGCAUUGCUACUUAUGUUUUGGUCUUGAGGAAGCAGGUCAUUAGUAAGUCCCGCACAUAUGGUUUUUGGGGGAUCUGGUUAAAAGAUCGGCCAGCACCCUAGAGGGACUGAGAAAAUAGAGUAUUGUAUUAUAAGUUGUAUAUAAAAUGAAAAUAUUAGGUUGAUCUGAUGGGGGAGUCACGUUUUGAUGACUUGUAUACAUCUGUGACCCAUAACUUAUGCAGAUGACAAGCUUGCAUGAAAAUUGAUGUGAUGCUAAUUAGAAUUGGAUGCGAUUGAUAUGUUU